CUGUUUUUCAAAUUUCGCGCGCCUCGUAAACGGGUGAUUUUACUCCACUGUAUGUUACUCGUAUCUAAAAGCACGUGAGCUUAACAGACGACGCGAAGUCACGUGAUAUUUUCAGCCGGCAGCCGGGUGUUAUCAUUACAUUAACCAGCGCGCUUGUGGCCGGUAAAAAUACAGCAGAAAUAGAAACUAGUUAAGGUGUUUUUUUCGGUAAUUUUAACCGGGUGAAGUGUAAACAGUCCUAAAUGAAGACACACCCUAACCACUGAGUCCCACCACCAUCGAGACAGACUUCGUUAAAAAGGAAAACAGAAGCCAAUCAAGUAAAGAAAAUAAGGAAAAGCCAAAUUAUGGAUGGCAUUGGUCUGUAUCACACAUUCCUACAGAUCCACCAACCCCAGCUACAAGCUUCAGGAGUACCCGAAGUAUUCUGGGAAAUAUUGUUCAAGAAGCUGAAAGGCCAGGUGUUCGAUUCAGGCCUGAUAUUUCAGCUCGCAAAAAUCGACUACGAGGAUGUUGAGAGACCUGCGACAGAGCCGGUCUGGAAGCUGUUCGUGUCCUCGGAGAGUCCUGUUUCGGCUAAUAAUCCUGAGAACAUUUACCUGAUCGAUCAUGCGUGGACUUAUAGUAUCGAUUCAGCCAGACAGAAUUUGCUUCAAGUUCCUGGUCUGUUGGAUCGAAUGUGCACACUGAUGGGCCUUGAUGCCGACGAGUCGGUCAACGAUGAGGAAAAGUCUGAAUACGUCCUGCGUGAGAUGUGGCGAUACAACCAAACUUAUGCUUUGCGGGACGCGGCCAAUGUCGAAGACCGUAUGCCCAUUUGGUACAUCAUGGACGAGGUUGGAUCCGCCAUCAACCAUUCUGACCAACCCAAUUUUCGCACUGUUCCAUUUCUCCACGUUCCAGAAGGUGUUACUUACACACUAUUAUAUCCGCUUAGGGAUGUAGAACCGGACGAAGAGGUCACCAGAGACUUCGUUGAGGGACACACUAACGAUCCGAUCACCAAACGUGCCCUGCUUCUACCGUGGAGAAAGGAUGAAAGCUUCGUUGACGAGGAUUUCACCCAUAGAGAACCUGGCGAUGAUUAUUUCCUCGAAGGACACAUCAGGGAGACUCUAGCGGAGGUGAAUACUGCGCCUCAGCUCAACGCGGGGGAAAGAGUCAGGGUCUUUUCGCAGUACAGACUUGUUAAAGAGUUUCUGACCAAUCCUUUGUUCGAGAUAGUGGACAGCGAGCAAAACGCCAAUAUUUUAUGGCUCACUUCGCACUUUAAAGAGUACAACGAGCUUAGCACCGAUGCUCCUAAUGUAUUUGUCAACCAAUUUCCAUUCGAAAAUGUUAUUACUAUUAAAGACCUGCUUUGCAUUGUGUGCAGAAGAACGGCAGACUCAAAGAAGUACGAUGUUGAUACACUAGAAACUUAUCCGAUAUGGUUACCGACUACUUAUAACUUGAGAACUGAAUUGGUCAAGUUCGUUUCUUACUUUCAAAGAAGGGAAGCCAAGGGACUGGACAAUCACUGGAUCUGUAAGCCCUGGAACUUGGCCAGAGGUCUGGACACUCAUAUAACGAGUAACUUGUAUCAGAUAUUAAGGCUUCCCAGUACUGGUCCGAAAAUAGCUCAAAAGUAUAUAUCAGAUCCAGUUUUAUACUCCAGACCUGAAAUAGGAAAAGUUAAAUUCGACGUCAGAUACGUUGUAUUAUUGAAGUACGUCCAGCCAUUGACUGUGUACGUUUACUCAAAUUUCUUCCUUAGAUUUGCUAACAAAGAAUUCGCUCUAAAUAACUUUGAUCAGUACGAGCAGCACUUCACAGUCAUGAAUUACGUCGACGACAAUACGUCUCUGCAUCAUGUAAAGUGUGCUGAUUUUAUCCACGAAUGGGAAAAACAGUAUCCAAAAUUUUCUUGGCGAAACGAUGUUGAGAAAAAGAUCCUAUCAAUGUUGGAGGCGGUGUUUCAGGCUGCGGUUGCGGAAAAACCGCCUCGCGGAAUUGCCCACAAUUUGCAAAGCCGAGCACUCUAUGCUGCUGACGUAAUGUUGGAAUGGAGGAAUGAAGAGAUUAACCCAGUAUUAUUAGAAGUUAAUUUUACACCCGACUGUAAAAGGGCUUGCGAUUAUUACCCAAAUUUUUACAACGACAUAUUCAAACUUCUAUUCUUAGAUGUUGAAAACCCGACUGUCUUCCACAAGCUGUAGACCCGAUUAUCGUAUCGCUUACUGUGAUUAUCAAGAUUGAAUACCUGCAGUGCCCAAAUGUCACUGAAAGUUUAUUAUCGUCACUAUUUUUUCAGUCGUCAAUUUACUUUGUAAAUAAUAAUUGCCUUGCGACACUUUUGUGAUAAUUAAUUGUCAGUUUUGGAUUACUUGAAAAAUAUUUUGUAAUAUUUAAGUAAGAAUUACUUUUUAACGCUUUAAUUCAUUUCGAGCCUAACGAUCAAACGUGUACUCAUAUUUUUUGUACACGAGCAUAACUGUACCUAC